UAACCUUUUCGUUUUUUUUUGUUGGGAUCUUCUUUUCUGUUCUCUCUUGCUGUCGGACGUUUGGAUACACAUUUUUUAUCGGCGACCAAAUAGGGUUUGUCCUCCGAGGUUCACGAUUGUUAACCAAACCUUGUUGUAGGUUAUUCAAGAGUUAAUACACCUGGAACUGAACCCGGAUGAUUCAUUGAACCUGGACAGUGAUUGGGGUUAUUUAUUUUCCUUAAAUAAAUUUAGUAACAAAGUCCUUUUGUAACACAACAUGUUUAAGGAGAAACUAUUCGCUGACUGUGCCUGGUUCUGUUGGUUUUUUUUCUUUAAUGUAACUGCUCCGUUCCCAAGUCCUGCUGCGUUUGUCACUUUGUCUGCUCUUGCUUUUACGAUCAAAAGUAGAAGUGCAGUCUUUUCAGAGAGACAUGUGAGAAGGAAAGGAAAACCGAUGGUAAUGGAAUUAAAAAGGAUGAUAAUUGAGAAUUUUGUACCUAUGGUUUGUAAAGUGAGAGGGACUUGUGCGUGAGUUCAUUCGUGCUUGUGCUGGUGCUUGUGAAGAGGAUUUUGACAAGUAUUCAUGCGAUCCGGUUCACACAUUAUAUGGUGUUGUUUUCCAAUCUCAGCUUGAGAACAUUGACCUGAAAGAUUAAGUCUUUGAGGUCAUAAUCCAAACCUUACCCGUUUAAGAAGGCAUUACAGCUUCAACCAGUGACCAUUCAAAUCUUCUAUCACGUAUCCCCUCGCCUUCUAUUCAGACUGAAGGUCCAGGCUGAGAUCUUCAAUGGGCCGUUCUGGUGAUCAGAGUCUUGAAACCAAAGAGAUCGAUCUGAGAAGUAUGUCGUCUUCUUCACAUGGUCAGGUACCACAAGUCCACAAAGUGGCAGUUCCUCCGAGACAGAACCUCUUCAAGGAAUUCCAAGACACCAUAAAAGAAACAUUCUUUGCUGAUGAUCCUCUAAGACCCUUCAAAGAUCAAUCUAAAUCAAAGAAGUUCAUCCUCGGUAUUGAGGCCAUAUUUCCAAUACUUAAGUGGGGAAGAAGUUACAACCUUAAAAAAUUUAGAGGGGAUUUAAUAUCUGGUCUCACUAUUGCGAGUCUUUGCAUUCCUCAGGAUAUUGGAUACGCCAAGCUUGCACAUUUGGCUCCACAGUAUGGGCUGUACUCAAGUUUUGUUCCACCAUUGAUCUAUGCUGUCAUGGGUAGCUCUCGUGAUAUUGCUAUAGGACCUGUAGCAGUGGUUUCUCUCUUGUUGGGGACCCUACUUAGUAAUGAGAUUGAUCCUAUUAAAAAUGCGGAAGAAUAUCAGCGACUUGCUUUUACAGCCACUUUUUUUGCUGGAAUUACUCAAGCAACGCUUGGUGUUCUUAGGUUAGGAUUCUUGAUCGACUUUCUAUCCCAUGCUGCUAUUGUCGGUUUUAUGGGGGGUGCUGCCAUCACUAUUUCCCUUCAACAGCUCAAAGGUUUUCUUGGCAUUAAAUCUAAAAUGUUCACAACGAAAACUGAUAUUGUCUCUGUGCUGCAUUCAGUAAUCCAUACAGCCCAUCAUGGAUGGAACUGGCAAACUAUAGUCAUUGGAGUUAGCUUUUUGAGUUUUCUUCUGGUCACCAAAUACAUUGGAAAGAAAAACAAGACACUAUUCUGGCUGCCAGCAAUUGCUCCAUUGAUAUCCGUUAUUUUGUCCACUUUUUUUGUAUUCAUAACCCGUGCAGAUAAGCAAGGAGUAGAAAUUGUGAGAAAAAUAGAAAAAGGAAUCAAUCCAUCAUCUGUUAAAGAUCUUUAUUUAACAGGAGAAAAUCUUGGAAAAGGUUUUAAAAUUGGCAUCGUGGCAGGCUUGAUAGCAUUGACUGAAGCCUCGGCAAUUGGAAGAACAUUUGCAUCUAUGAAGGACUAUCAACUGGAUGGAAACAAAGAAAUGGUUGCACUAGGAGCAAUGAAUGUUGUUGGUUCGAUGACUUCCUGUUAUGUGGCAACUGGUUCUUUCUCUCGUUCAGCUGUAAAUUUCAUGGCUGGCUGCCAAACUGCAGUCUCUAACAUUGUGAUGUCAGUAGUUGUGUUCUUAACCCUGGAAUUCAUCACUCCACUUUUUAAGUACACUCCAAAUGCCAUUCUUUCUGCCAUCAUCAUUUCUGCUGUCAUCAACCUCAUAGACUAUGAGGCAGCAAUUUUGAUUUGGAAGAUAGAUAAGUUUGACUUUGUCGCUUGCAUGGGUGCAUUCUUUGGGGUUGUUUUUGUCUCGGUUGAGAUAGGACUUCUAAUUGCUGUCUCGAUAUCCUUUGCAAAGAUCCUACUACAAGUAACAAGACCCCGAACCGCAAUUCUGGGGAAGAUUCCUAGGACUAAUGUCUAUAGAAACAUCCAACAAUAUCCAGAAGCUAGUAAGGUUCCAGGUGUACUGAUUGUAAGAGUUGAUUCUGCAGUAUAUUUUUCCAACUCCAAUUAUGUCAAAGAAAGGACAUUAAGAUGGCUGAUGGAUGAAGAAGAAAAAGUGAAAGGAGAAUACCCCACAAAAAUCCAGUUUUUGAUAGUUGAAAUGUCACCCGUUACUGAUAUCGACACAAGUGGCAUCCAAGCCUUCCAAGAGUUACACAAAAGCCUUGAAAUGAGAGGAAUUGAGCUUGUUCUGGCAAAUCCUGGUCCAGUAGUGACAGACAAGCUUUACGCAUCCAAUUUUGCAAACACAAUAGGAGAGGACAAGAUCUUCCUCACCGUUGCAGAGGCUGUUGCAUAUUGUUCUCCAAAGGUGGUUGAGGACCCUUGAAAAAGAUCAAAUAUUGUUGUGAGACCACAAAUUUUCAGUGUAUUAGUUGGGGUAGUAAAGGAUUAGAUAGAAAAAGGUACAGUGGAAGAAAUUCUGCCAUAGUUAGUGCUGGUUCUAGGAUCCUUAUCCAAAAGUGUGUAGAUUAAAGUUAAUAUUUUAUUUAUGGUCUCAUUUUCAGAAGGGAAGUAGUUGUUCAUCAUCCCUUCCUCUCUCAUUGAGCCACUAAAAGAAUUAGAAGAAUAGAUAAAUCAAAUAAAUGGAGCAGAUGGAUUUUCUUUUUCU